AUGAACCGCAUCGAAAAGGUGCUGUCGCGAGUGACAGCAAAGCCCUACACCGCAUCCGCACUUGAACCUAAUCAGACUCCGAAUCUAGACCAGAAUGGACUACUUGCAUUCUCACCAGGCGAUAUAGAAAACCCAAAGAAUUGGUCACUAGGAAGACGGUGGUAUAUUACUAUUGUGUCUGUGUCGAUGGUCACAAACGCCACUUUUGCCUCUUCUGCUCCUUCUGGGUGUACCACAAGCAUUGCCAAUGAGUUCAACAUUUCAGACACGGCUGCACAGCUGACCAUCACUCUGUUUCUCCUUGGUUACUGCGCCGGGCCUUUGAUUUUUGCGCCUCUUUCUGAGUUCUACGGCCGACGAUGGAUCUUCUACUCAUCCUUUCUCGCUUACAUUGUCUUCAACUUUUUAUGCGCCUUUGCACCGAAUUUUGGUUCUCUCCUGGUCGGUCGAUUUCUAGCCGGCACUUGUGUCAGUAGUGCUCUGUCCAACUCACCAGGCGUCCUGGCAGACAUCUGGAGUCCAGUUGAGCGUGGCAAUGCAAUGGCAAUCUUCUCUUGCGCCACAAAUAUUGGCCCAGCCCUAGGCCCUAUUGUGGCGGGCUUUCUUGAGUUGAAGAAAGAUUGGAGGUGGAGCUUCUAUGUUCUCCUAUGGAUGGGAGGACUCACCGCAGUCUUUAUGUUUACGAUUCCAGAAACAUUACCAAACGCGAUCUUAAGCCAAAAGGCGAGAAGAAUCCGCAGUGAAAAGAUACCCGGAUUUGAAAAUGUGCAGGCGCCUGCGGAAGUGUCCAACCAAUCCCUAUCGACCAUCUUCAAGAUUGCCCUCAUUCGACCAUGGAUCAUCUUGUUUGACCCAAUCUCUUUCUUCAUUGCCAUAUACAUGAGCUUCGUCUACACGCUGCUAUAUAUGCUAUUCACAAUCUAUCCAAUCGUCUUUCAAGAAAAGCGGGGCUGGAACGCCGGUGUUGGUGAACUACCUUUGCUAGGAAGUGUCAUCGGGCCCUGUCUCGGCGGUGUGAUAGUUUUUCUAAAUUCAAACCGGAAUCGCCGGCGAGUCGAAGCAGGCCAUGAACUUCUGCCUGAAGACCGACUACCGCUAGCAAUGAUAGGCGGCAUUGGAUUUGCGGUGACAAUGUUUUGGUUCGCGUGGACGGGAGAAUAUAACUCGGUGCAUUGGAUUGCACCCGUACUGGCAGGUGUAUUCCUCACGGGUUCGAUCAUGCUCAUAUUUGUCACUUGCCUCAAUUAUCUCACAGACACCUACAAGGUGUUCGCAGCAAGUGCAGUAGCGGCAAACACCGUGGUCCGCUCUGCUGCGGCUGCAGCCGCGCCCCUCUUCACUCAGCAGAUGUUCAACGCGCUUGGUGUCGGUGGAGGCGGGUCUCUAAUUGGGGGGGUCGCAGCCGUUUUAGCUGUGAUACCAUUUAUGUUCUACAAGUACGGUGCGAAAAUUCGCAGCAAAUCGAGCUUCGCGCCCACGCCACAACCUGCAUCCUUAACGGACAUCGAGAAGGUACCGGCUAGAGAAAACGACGUAAAGGGAACAAUUUCUUGA